CACUCUUCUCUCUACGCUACUCUACGCUACGAUUGGUUUGGUUUGUUUAUAGUUUGUUUUGUGUCGGUGAUUGAUUUUUGUACGUACUUACUUUAGUUCCCGCCGUUUCCCGUUUGUUUUUAUUGUGAUUGUGAUAACUAAUAUAAACUACUAUUAUAAUACGCCAAAACUAGCACGCGUAAUUAUUGAUAAAUUCUUUAUAAACACUACGAAAAUGGGUAAAAAAUCAACAGCUUCCUCAAAUAAAAGUAAAGAAAAACGUCAGGCAAGAAAAGUGGAACAACGUCGAAUAGCUGAUGGCAUGUCCUACGUCAACUCCGCUAACAAACUGCAGGACCUAUCUUCUUUAUGCAAGGAACUGUUGGUAUACAAGGGAAAUGACCUAGAAGUCGAUAUGUAUAUUCAGAGGGCAUCCCUACUAGAUAAAAAAGUUUUAAAUUGGGCAAUAGAUCUCACUGAACGGAAUAUGAAAAAGCUAUAUGAGACCUGUGCAUGGGGCUGGAAUAAAGAUCGUAAGGUGGAAGAGAUGACAGAUGACCUAGCAUGGUACCUCAUUGCUAAAAAUAAAAAUGGAAUGCCACUCGCAUUUUCACAUUUCCGGUUUGAUAUGGAUUUUGGAGAGCCAGUACUAUAUUGUUACGAAGUGCAAGUGGAAGCUGCGGGGCGGCGGCGCGGGCUGGGGCAGCGCGUGCUGGUCGUGCUGGAGAAGCUGGCGCGCGCGACGCGCAUGCGCUUCGUGCGCCUCACCGCGCUCACGCACAACGCUGGCGCCGCGGCCUUCUUCAGGGCUUGCGGGUACAGCCUAGAUGAGACGAGUCCUCCGAAGGAAGACGCGGCCCACUACGAGAUUCUCAGCAAGGAGACGUCAGCCAGCACAGAGGACGCUGUCGAGCCCUGCCUCAGCGACAGCAUGCGCGCGGUCAACGUCAACCCCGCGCACUCAUAGUACAGCGUCUAGGGUAGUGAUAGUGUUGUAACGUAUACAAAUCAAAUAUAAUGCCAGUUCCGAACUGUAAGUGUAAGUGGUGUAGCAGCAGCGAUUAGAAAAAUAGCAUGAUAGGUGUACAUUCGCUAGUUGAAUGAAGUAGUAUUGAGUUUUUGACUAUGAAUUAUUCGUAUUUUUCAAGUUAGACUUAAUAAGUCUUAUUUGUUAUCAAAAGUUUUGUCUGCAUUUUUCGAGUGUGAAACGAUUAGAGAUGGUACUACACCAGUAGCUACAGUCUAUAAAGAAUGGAAAAUAAAUAAGGUUGUUGUGUGCUCUCGGUAUUGCAAUGGCAAUACAAUUUAGUCCGUUAAAAAUUUACAGUUUUCUAUUUUUUAUAGAGACAGACUGUAUUGCUAUUAAUGUUAAACCGUAUUUUAUUAUUAUUUUUUUAUAACCGACUCCAACGCUCUACGGCGAUGGUAGUAUCCGAGAAAACACUCAGAUGAGAGAGAGUAACAAUUUCAUAGAGAUGAACAUAUUGUCUUUAUGUUAAUUUCGUAACUAUUCAUAAAAAAGAUAAUCAAAAAUUUUUUUUAUAUAUGUCGGAGGGAUUUUAUCAGAGACGUGGUUUUAAUAAUUUCACUAGUGAAUUUUUAAUAUGAGAUUGUAAAUAGCGACCGGUUUUCAUAAUUUUACGAUCUCUUCCGUGAUAUUGUAAUUUCAAGGGACGGUGCCAGUGAUAUUUUAAUAACCCUAGGCAUUAUAUUAUAUGAUGUUUGUUUGUGGAGGGGGAUUCCGCGCGUUCUGAUUGGUAAGUCGAGUUGAUCAGUCACCAUUUGCAAAAAAAAUGUUGAGCGUGCUAACAUUAAAAUAUUUUGUUUUGUUGGUUAUUCUAGACAAUACCUUGAAAAUCCUGUCUAUUAUUUCAUAACUCUAUGAUUAUACUUUGUGGCACAGUUAAUAAUAAAAAUGGAUCAAUCAGUGAUUUGUGUUCUAAAUAACGACCCUUUAUAUCCAGUGUUAUUGUUAAAAUAUCAUUUUAACUAUAUCGGCCGUUAUGUCGUAAGAAAUAUAACGUAUUGACAAAUAACCGUGUUAUUUUAAUGUCACUAGUAACUUUAUAAUACAGCCCUGCGACAAGUAUUUCCUGUAAGCUUCCGACAGAUCUGAAAUAGCACCAAUGUUUCGAAUAUAUCUUUAUUUAAAUAGAAAGUAUAUAAGUAGGAAUAAUGUAUAAGGAUAAAAUAAUAAAAAAGCUGAAUAUGAAAGAAAGAAAGAGAGAGAGAGAGAGAGAGAGAGAGAAAGAAAGAAAGAAAGAAAGAAAGAAAGAAAGAAAGAAAGAAAGAAAGAAAGAAAGAAAGAAAGAAAGAAAGAAAGAAAGAAAGAAAGAAAGAAAGAAAGAAAGAAAGAAAGAAAGAAAGAAAGAAAGAAAGAAAGAAAGAAAGAAAGAAAGAAAGAAAGAAAGAAAGAAAGAAAGAAAGAAAGAAAGAAAGAAAGAAAAUAUUUAUUUGCCAAAAACAUGGGUACAAACAUACAAACUGAUGUCAAAAUGAAUUAAAUUUUAAAUUGCAAAUAUAAAUAAAUACAUAGUAUCAUAAGAUAGCAAGAGCGAUCACCCUCCGCUAAUCUGCGGGUCACACGAAGCCGGUACUCGGCAACUAGGUAGGUAUUCACGUAUUCACUAAACAUUGUUCGUUGACCUGCGCACGCGCUCAGCACAUGGAUGACCUACUAUACGUUUCAAUCGGAGUUAAACUCAAGAGUAGUAUUUCAUCAACUCAUAAAAACUGCGAUGCUUUAUGGCUGAGCGCAAAUGAUAGAGAAGGAAUUAUCUCUCUCUCUCUCUCUCUCCUUUCUAUGUAACUUUGUAAAACAUUAUCACUAACUGGUAACAUAUUUUUUAUCAUCUGUUUUUUUAUAACUUUAUUUUUUAUAGUCAUAAGAAAUUUCGAGCAUUCGGCAAGUCAUGUCAUAUGUAGGUAGUACAUAUGUCAAAAAUAAAUAACUCAUAUUUAUAUGCAACGUAUAUGUAAAUAAAAUUCCAUUCACAAUAAAUGACGUGUUGUAUUCAUAUUGUUGUAUAUACAGUGCAUUGUCUAAUAUUUUAUUUAUAACAUUGUAAUUGAUUACAAUAAAUAACUAGGUAUUUUUUA